UGUCGGUGCUGCAGAUAAACAGGCUCUCCGAUAAACUGGGCUCUCGCUCGAAGGUUCCGACCAGAACGAUGGCGGCCGCAGUGAAGGUUACAGCAGGUCUUUCAAGAUGUUGUCGUCAGACACUCUUCAGAGUCCAUUCAACCACAGCAGCAACACAGCAGCGGGUCCCACAGUCACUGUGGAAGCUGGGGCGACUCAACCAUGUCGCUAUUGCUGUCCCAGACCUGGAGAAGGCCACGUCUCUCUAUCGAGAUGUCCUGGGGGCCACGGUGAGUGACAAGGUUCUGCUACCCGAACACGGAGUCUACACAGUGUUUGUGGAGCUUGGCAACACAAAGCUGGAACUGCUCCAUCCCUUGGGCGAGAAUAGUCCAAUCGCUGGUUUCUUACAGAAGAAUAAAGCUGGAGGGAUGCACCACAUCUGUAUUGAGGUUGAUGACAUCAAGGCAGCAAUUUCAGACCUGAAAGCCAAAAACAUUAGAACUUUGUCAGCAGAGCCACGAAUAGGUGCUCAUGGGAAACCAGUGAUCUUUCUUCAUCCCAAAGACUGUGAUGGUGUGCUGGUGGAGCUGGAAGAAGAAUGAACAUCUUGUACAUGUUGGGACUGUAAAGGGCAGUUCAUUCAUGUUUAUAUUCUAGUCACCAUAUAGCAAAUAUCAUGUUCCUUAAAGAAUUUAUGGUUUGAACUUAUCAGAAAGAAGCACAACUUGAACUUUUUUGUUAAUAAAUGAGUGUGCUACUU